CGCGAUCGGUUUAGCACUUUCGGUGGGAUCCCAAAAAAAGCCCAACUCGAGACAAACGCGCGCUCGAAACGUUGUUCGAUCGUCCCGCGAGAAGGUUUACUAGACAACUCUCUGGAGGCCACAGACUUCCACCGACUGGCCGCUCUGUGGAGUUAGCAACAAUACCGAGAAAUACCCGAGACGGUUGCAAAACUUUUGGCAAGGAUGGCCACGCUAAAGUUCGAUGAGAACAAAGUGCCCUACAUCGACCUGGGCAAGGACUACUACGUCCGCCUGGAGAACGACGAGUUUACCGAUGUCAAGUCUAAGGAGAAGGCAGCACGUGAGCUGCGCGAGACGCCCGAAGUCGUUGCGGAGGCGCUCAAGGAACUGAAGGCCAAACUACAAGAGGAAAAAUCCCUGUACGUCCCCAUCGACGACGACUCGUAUCUGAUGAAGUUCCUUCGACCGUGCAAAUUCUACCCGGCGAGUGCGUUUGCCCUGAUUCAACGCUACUAUCGGUUCAGACUGAAACACCCCGACGCGUGCGAAGAGCUGCUACCAUCGACGGUCCAGCACGUGUACAACGAGGAUCUGUUGCACUUUCAGCCACUGCGCGAUCAAAACGGUUGCCGCAUUCUGGUGAUGCAAGUAGGCCGAAAAUGGAAACCAUCCAAAGUGUCCCUGAACGAUCUGUUCCGGGCCAUGCAGGUCGCCCUGGAGGCCGGUAUGACCGAACCCCGUACGCAGCUGAACGGCGCCAUCGUCAUCUUGGACAUGGACGGGCUCUCGCUGUCGCAGAUUCUCCAGUUCACGCCCCGCUUUGCGGCCAUGGCCGUCGAGUGGGUCCAGGAAUGUACGGCCAUCCGGCUGAAGGCGAUCCACAUCGUGAACAAUUCCUAUCUGUUCAACAUGCUGUUUACGAUCUUCAAGCCGUUCCUCUCGGAGAAGCUGCGAAAGAGAAUUUAUUUCCACGGCAAGGACUGGAAAUCGCUGGCCUCGUUCGUCGAUCCAGUUUGCAUGUGGCCACGCUAUGGUGGUACUCUGGACGUUGAAGAAUAUGAAGGACGAUUGGUCGGCGAACUCUUCACAUUGUACCAAAAAGAUUACGAAGUUGCCAAUUCGUAUGGAUACACCAAAAAAGUGUAGGAUGCAUUUCGAGCCGCUCAAUUGACUACACUGGUACUUGCAGAACGAAACGUGGAAUGGGUACCAAGCUAAGGGAACGCACAUUUACUGGGAAGCACGCUGUUGUGAUAAAAUAGUAUUCCAUAAAGAAAGGAACGAAACCAUUGGUUCAAAUCUAUGUUUGAUUUAAAAUUAUUCGUUAUUAGGUUGUACGUGUAAAUAAAUUAUGUUUAGCAAAACUAAAAGUUUA